AAAACCUACGAGGCAGAUAACAAAAAUAAGGUCAGUACUUCACACAUGCUUUCAGCUUGGGUCGUCCGACGUUUUUUGACAUAUAAACAUGAAGGUUGUAACUUGGAACAUAAACGGAAUACGAACGUUUAAAAAUGGCAUCAAGAAAACUCUGGAUUCAUUCAAUGCCGAUAUAAUCUGCGUUCAAGAGACUAAAGUUACCCGUGACCUGUUGGAUGAAAAGACAGCAAUUGUCGAUGGCUACAAUUCAUACUUUAGUUUUAGCCGAGGACGAAGUGGAUACUCAGGCGUUGCCACCUACUGUAAGGAUACCGCUACUCCAUUCCUGGCCGAGGAAGGAUUGACAGGUCUGCUGGCCAAUCAGGGAGAGGCUGUUGGUUGCUAUGGUGACCAGGUUGAGUUGUCCAGUGAUGAGCUUCUUGCGCUAGACAGUGAAGGAAGGGCUGUCAUCACUCAGCAUCACUUCGUUGGCACAGAUGGACCACAGAAGCUGACGGUUAUCAAUGUUUAUUGUCCCCGAGCUGACCCAGAGAAACCUGAGAGAAAACAGUACAAGCUCCAGUUUUACCAGCUCCUUCAAUGCAGAGCUGAAGCUCUCUUGAGUUCAGGGAGUCGCGUGAUUGUAUUGGGAGAUGUAAACACUUCUCAUCGACCCAUAGACCACUGUGAUCCAGAUGAUGUGGAUAACUUUGAAGAUAAUCCUGGGAGGAAGUGGCUGGAUCAUUUCCUUUUUGGAAAAGCAGAAAAAGCUCAAAAUGGAAAUACUGAAGAUGAACUUGAAGAAAUCUCCCCGAAAUCUGCCUCUGGUGGGAAGUUUGUCGACUCCUUCCGCCGUUUCCACCCGAAGCGCUCCAACGCCUUCACAUGCUGGUCCACACUUACGGGUGCCAGGCAGACCAACUAUGGCACACGUAUCGACUACAUCUUCGCCGACCACUGUCUGGUGGAAUCAGCCUUUACUGGCGUGGACAUUAUGCCGGAGGUGGAGGGAUCCGAUCACUGUCCCGUAUGGGCGCAGCUCAGCUGUACCCUCCAGUCGAGUCCCAAGUGCCCACCUAUGUGUACACGUCACAUGCCAGAGUUCACUGGCAGACAGCAGAAACUUUCACGCUUUUUUGUCAAAGUUUCAGACAAAGAGAGGUUCUCUGAAGAGAGUCUACCUGGAUCACAAGAUUCAGGGGAAAUUCGGGAAAACCUGAAUCCUGUACCACAGGGGAACAGUGUUGCAAAGAAGAGACCGACAUGUAAAGAAAAAGACACAAAUGCACAAAAAGCCAAAAGAAGCAAGCAGAUGAAAACGGAAAGCAAUGUUAAAGGAGGUCUUUUAGCUUUCUUUAAGCCUAAACAAACACCAUCGAUCUCUUCAAGUGGAAACCUGAGCCCGAAACAGACAGAAUCGUCUCAGGAUAGUCUACGUAGUGAGAGCGACACAAGAAGCUGCCCUGGCGAUGUGCAAACGGAGACCAGUCUUUCCAUGGUGACAGAGACGGAGACUGAAAAUCAGGAUGAAGUGGAAGGAGAAUCGACAUCCGUAGAGAAGUCAAAGGACUGUAAGAAGGGGCCAUGCGCUGGUUUUUGGAAAGCGGUUUUGCAUGGGCCUCCUCAACCACCACUGUGUAAAUCACAUAAUGAGCCCUGUGUCUUACGCACUGUGAAAAAAGCAGGACCUAAUUUAGGCAAACAGUUUUUUGUAUGUGCCCGUCCUCAAGGCCAUGCCUCCAAUCCUCAAGCCAGGUGUAAUUUUUUUGCCUGGGUAGAUAAAGGAAAGUAAUAUAAGCUCAAGGAAUCUGUAUGCAUACUGUAUAUUUCAUAUUUUGAUUGUAUAUUUUGUUUUAUAUGUAACAUUUUUAUUGUGCAACUAACAAUUUUAAAUGAUAAAUAAAUAACCUUUUGAAUUUC